AUGAAUGGUCUUCACGAUAGCGACGACGGCCUGGCCGAGCUCGAGCUGCUGGCCUCGAACCAGAAGAAGCUCAAUGCCCUUACCACUCGCAUGACUUCCAUUCUCUCCGGCUUCGAUCGUCGCCUCGCCAGCCUAGAGGGUACAUUGCUACCUAUCCACCACAGAACUCAAGCUCUGCAGAGAGUGGAGAAGAACGUCGAUGCUACCUUGGAGGCGCUAAAGCAUACGCUGGGCCACUUCGAUGUGGUGGAAGAGGAAGAGCCCAGGAUCUUACAAGGACCUAGUGGAAAUAAUCUAUACCCGUACUUUGACACCAUAGACCGCGUGGUAAGAGGGCUCGAGUACCUCAAGAAGAGUGACCUCAAGAGUCAAGAGGCCAUUAUGAUGAAGAUGCACGAGCUCGUUGAGAUAGGCGCCAGGAAUCUCACUACAAUCAUGAGCGAUUGGGUCACUGCAGAGUCUAUUGCGAUCGACCCCAAUGAAUAUGUACCACGCCUGCCACUCCCUAUUCUCUCCGGCUCGGUGUUGGAAGCAACCAUCCCGAUCCUUUCCUACCAGAAAUCCCUCCCUGCAAAUCCAUCGAACGGCUAUGCUCCUUUCCUGGCUUCGCUGGCAGCUUACUCGGACGUAAGAGGGCUCUACCUCGGAGAGUCCAUUGCUGCGCUCGGACAAGGUCUCAUCGACUUCACAAAUCAUCGAGUCAGCAGCCGCAUGGGCGGUGGGGGAAUGGCGACUGCCAGUUAUGGCGAAGAGGAAGACAACACCUACCACCGAGGUGCGAGCGGUGCUAGGGAGUGGAUCAAAGCCAUUCUCGAUCUUGCAGAAAAUGAGCAUGUGAUCUUGUCGAACAUGCUCCGGUCUCUCAAUCCACCCUCGUCAAAUUCUACCAUUGCAUCGACAUUCUCUCGACUUAUCCAUCCCAUCUUGCGGCACUUCAGCACCACCAUGAGCACCAUUCACGCUCUCAUCAAGCAAGAUCUAUCUUCUCAAAUGAUCUUCAUCUUCGACCUCAUCGCCACGCUGUCAGAGCUGGCCAUGAGAUGGAAUGGCGUCAUUGUCAAUCCUGCCGGCAAGGCAAACGAAGAGAGCGGUGGCAUGGAAGGGGGUGCUCACGCUUUGCAGGACCAGCUGCAGGCUUUGAGGAGUACCGCUGUCAACAUCUUUCCCGUGUUCCUCAACGACCUCAAGGGCAUUCCCAAGCAGAGAGAAAAUGAGGUGCCAAGCGUGGGAAUCAACGAGAUUACCUACAUGGGCCUCAGCUUCAUGAAGGAAGCAUGCGAGUACGCGGAUACCAUUGCCCCUCUACUAGCUACUCUCGGAGCUGGCAACUGGAUCAUGAGCGGAAGCAUGGCCAACACAACAGCGCAAUCGGCUGGCAUGAGCGAACCUAGUGUCAUGUUCUCUCAGUUUAUCUGCGACACACUCUCAACGACUAUCGCAGCACUAGAUGCACGAUCGAAAGCCAUCAGACAACCUUCCACGGCGUCCAUGUUCCUGAUGAACAACGUCGGCCACCUGCAGCGUGAGGUGGGAGCAGCCCCUCUGCUGCAAGCAUACCUGAGCCAGCCCGGCUCUGACAUCCUGAAAGGCGGUAUGAGACAAGCACGUGCCAAAUACCUCGAUGCCUGGCAAGGGGUAGUGUCGGCGUUGAUGGACGACGUUGCUGGUCUCCACAGCAAGCCCGUCACAUCCAAGCUCGGAGGUGGAGUGCUGGGAGGCAACGAUCGAGCCCAGAAGGAGGACGUGAAGCAGCGCUUCACUCGCUUCUUUGAGGGGCUGGACGACCUUGAACGACUACACAUGGCUUUCCCGCUCAGUCGGAAUGACAGUGAGCUGAGGGAAAACCUUAAGAAGGAGGUCUUGAGACUGGUCAUGCCACUCUACACUCGCUUCGUUGCCAAGCACACUGCCAGCAACUUCUCAAGCAAUCCCGGCAAGUAUAUUCGUCCAGAGGCGGAAGUGGAAGAGCGCUUGAGCCGGAUGUUCUCUUAG